ACGUAAUGUAAUGUCGUAAUGUAAUGCAAUGCAAUGUAGAGCGGAUGUCUGAAGGGGGCUCAAGCCUGGAGUGUCAAAACAUUUAUAGGCGACCUUGCUAUGCACAACGCGUAAAGUUGACUUCAACGGGCGCAAGUAUGGGGGUUUACUAUGUGAAAUCAGUGUUUUAGGCGCAUGCUGGCCCAUUGUGGGUUUGUAGAUAUAUGGCUGUAUUACUUCAUGGUGUGGGCGUUCAUUUGACUUGAUGUUUACUUGGGCCUUUUGCGCUUCUGGCAGGUUGAGGGAUGUUGAGGGAAAUUACAAAAAUGACCCGGCCAAGCGGUUGUUUGUCACAUUGAGGAGGCCCGAACUGAUUCUACCGAUGCAUUCUGAGCGAAUCUUCAAAGUGCAAAUACCUGACGAGUUGAAAGACAACUACAAGAGUGGCUUGCCCGCUUUCAGGGAGCCGAAACUUGAAGCUGGCGAGAAUCAGCACAACCAUAGAGUUCAAGGAGAAACGGUUGCCGGGACUUUGCAUGAAAGCGGCCUCUUCGUGUACACCCUUUCUUCGGGCUAUAUUCCAGUCUUCUUGGAGAAUGUGCAAGUGCUUGUGGAGCUGGAGAAGUUCCUUGUCGACUCGCCGACACGAAGUGAAUCCCGUGGCUUGCACUAUAAGAAAGAACCAGAUGGUGACAAGGUGCCUAACAAAGUGGUGAAAUGGGGGUCCUUUGUAUAUGGCAUGGUGGUCGCGGAGAAUACCAACUGGGUUCAGGUUGGCGAAUACUAUUUGCCCAUCGAGUGGAAUGGACACCAAGUCCUGUACCCUGCAGAGAGUUGGAACGCGGCUCCCAAGUCAUUUGCACCCGAUCAGACGGCUCGCCUAUGCUUGUUCGCCCCUCAUGAGGGCGACUACUUUGUGACAGGAACCUUCACCAAAAGCUGGAAAACCGCCUGGGACCUCACUCCUGAGCCCUUCUCGGAGAGCCGCGCGAAGGGAUUUAGGGGCAGGAUCUACUAUGUUGAUGUCCCGGUGCAAGAGCUGAAUAAUGCAGAGUUCAAGUUUCGGUUUCAUGAAAAAGGGACAUGGAAGCAGGUUACCGACUUCUUGUACAUUACCGAGAAACUGAAGUGGGAGUAUGACUCUCUCAACAACCGCACAGUGAAAUUAGAUGGUCGUGUGGCUCCUGGCUCAAAACUUUUCAUGUAUUGGGGCUUUCCUGAAGCAUCUGAGCAGCAUGUGAUGGAAUUCCUCAAAGUGGUCUUGUCAGGGCCAGGGUUGAAUGGCCUGGAUGAGGCAAUGAGGCGAGUGGAUGAGGUCCGGCAAAGCGUCAGGCAGGUCACUUGCAAGUGGCCCACUGCGCGUCGAACAAGUGUGGAGCAGUUCGAUCGUUUGAUCCCACUGGCACUGCGUGACGUACUGGACUCGCGCCCUCCUGCCGGUCCGCAGCCCUGCAGCGGGGUGUUUGUGUGGAUGGCAGUAUUGGAGCAGAGGACCCGUGGCAAUCUCAGCAUGCUACACCACAUCAGGCCGGAAGUGGUUUCCGUUGUUGCCAAAUGGCCGCCAGACAUCAUGUCGGAUGCCAGGCUUGCGGGCUGUGUUCACGCAGCUGCCAAAUCGGCUUUGCGAGAGGAGGCCAGAAACACAAGCAGGAAGCUUUCUGGACAGUGGCUGCAGGCCGCAAUUCAGGUGAUCCUGCACAGUGAGACUUCAAUCGCUGAGAUUCCCGGUGCAGAGCUUGUGGAAAGAGGCGUGGUGCCUCAGUGGGCUGAAAUUCGGCUGAAGGAUGCGCCACAGGCCAGGAUAGAGUCAGCCCUCAGGAUUGCAUUCAAACCUGCUCAUACACUUCAAGAGGUCUUUGAUGCUGCAAAGGCAUUUCUUGAUCACGCUGAUAGGCGAGCAUGGGGGCCUCUUUGUGUGCAAACAGCGUUGGAAGAAGGGCUUGCUUGGGUUGAGAGAUCUAUGGAUUGGGGUGCCGGUGCCAACAACCUACAGCGCUUGCUAGACUGCCUCGAUGAUGCUAGGGUUGAUGAGAAGAACCUCGUUGACAUCAUUCAGAAAGCCUGGCGACGCUUGGGGGCUCGACCGCACAUCAUACCAGAACCAACCGGCCACCUCAACCAGAGCACGCGCAUUGUGUCUCAAGCCCUCACCGCCGAACCAGAGGAUGCAGACUUUGUUGAAUUUGAAGGGAGUUCUGCCUUUUCUUGGUUGCGACUGGCUGUGCUUGCAAGCAAUUACUCUGUGCUACUCUCAGCUGUCACAAGGCAUGUUGAUUUGAAGUGCUUUGUCAUGCCAUGCUUGGACCAAAGUGCACUUACGAGCAAUUACGCACCUUUCUUGCUAUCAGCCUCUCGCUUUCGUGGGUGCUGGCCCCUGCCAAAUUGA